AUGUCGCACACUCGUAUGCUCUACUUCCAAGCCCACCAUCCCCAUGCCAACUUUCAGGACAACCAUGCCAGUGUUACGAAGAAAGAAGCAGCAGUAGGAGCGAACCAUGUCCAAGCGCCCAAAAAACAAGUCAGGUUUCAGGACAACCAUGCCAAUCCUAUCAAGAAAGAUGAUGUGAAUACAGAUGUGGAUUCGGUGGCUUCAGACUUCAUCAAGCCUCAAAAGGUUGUGAUCACCACGAAAAGAAUAAGGUACAGCAUGAAACUUAGGUUGUAUUUCAAAUGGAAUGGCAUUUGCAAAGACACAGAAAGUACAGGGGAAAAGGGAGAGAGGAGAAAGGACAGAAAAGUACUGGAGGUGGAUAAGGCACUCCAGAAGAGCACAACCAUGUAUCCAUCUUCUUAA